AUGGGCUCCUCCGACCCCGAGGCGCAGGGCAGCGGCUUCCAGCCGCACCUGGACUCGCUGCGGCAGGAGCUGCGGCGGCAGGAGCCCGCGCUGCUGUCCGUCCUCGUGGCCCUGUUGCUGCUGCUGCUCACCGCCGUAUUUUGGAGAUUCAUCCGCAGCAGAAAGACUGGAAAGAAUGCAGUACUUCUGGUCGGCCUUUGUGAUUCAGGAAAAACGCUGCUUUUUGUCAGGCUGUUAACGGGCAUGUACCGAAAAACCCAGACCUCCAUAACGGACAGCUCUGCCGGGUACAGAGCCCGCAACGACAGGGGCUCUAGUCUGACCUUGAUUGACCUCCCGGGACAUGAGAGCUUGAGACUUCAGUUCUUGGAACGGUUCAAGGACGCAGCAAGGGCAAUCGUGUUUGUUGUGGAUAGCGGGACAUUCCAGCGAGAGGUGAAAGAUGUGGCAGAGUUUCUGUACCAGGUGCUAAUUGACAGCUUGGUCCUGAAGAAUGUGCCUUCCCUGCUAAUUGCCUGCAACAAGCAAGAUAUCACAAUGGCAAAAUCCGCCAAGAUAAUUCAGCAGCAGCUGGAAAAAGAACUGAACACCUUACGGGUGACCCGCUCCGCCGCCCCCAGCACGAUGGACAGCUCAGGCACCGUCGUCGCCCCUCAGCUGGGGAAGAAGGGCAAAGAAUUCGACUUCUCCCAGCUGCCGAUGAAGGUGGACUUCCUGGAGUGCAGUGCCAGGGGCGGCACCGGGGAGGACGGCAGUGCCGACAUCAAGGAUCUGGAGAAGUGGCUGGCUAGGAUCGCUUGA